GAAUUCUCAUUCAGAUUUGACCAAGUCAGGUAGAGUUGGUCAACUCUGGGACCAAAGAGAAAGACCAGAACAAACAACAAAAAACCCCAACAGUAUGAUUACUGAACACUCUAAUGGUUAAAUAUUGCAGAGCUAAUAGAUUGGAGUGACUUCUGACCUAGUCACAUCUUAAAGGAAAACUUUUCAGUUUUUACUUUAAAAGGAUGCUAAUGACUAGCCAAUGCUCUAGGAAGACAUUGAGACCAGCCAACUUCUUGCCUUGAUACUACUGAAGAGACAUUGGGUGGCUGGGUUUUGAAAGCAGACUUCUGGUUAUAGGUGAUGCAACUUGCAAAACAAUCCUGAAACAUGAAACAAGAAUAAUAAUAUUUAAAUAUAACUUAAUCAUUAUACCUCUUUAUCCAUCAAAGUGAAUUCAUUCCAUUCCCUUUCAUCUGUGCUCAUACUUUGCAUCAAAUAUUGGGUAAACCAAAGUGUGUAGGAAGAAAUAAAUGUUUUCAUAGUCAUUACUCUUUACAAUGGGAGUGCUAAAAUUCAAGCACAUCUUUUUCAGAAGCUUUGUUAAAUCAAAUGGAGUAUCCCAGAUAGUUUUCACCUUCCUUCUGAUUCCACGUUGCUUGACUCUGAAUUUCAGAGCACCUCCUGUUAUUCCAAAUGUGCCUUUCCUCUGGGCCUGGAAUGCCCCAAGUGAAUUUUGUCUUGGAAAAUUUGAUGAGCCACUAGAUAUGAGCCUCUUCUCUUUAAUAGGAAGCCCCCGAAUAAACGUCACCGGGCAAGGUGUUACAAUAUUUUAUGUUGAUAGACUUGGCUACUAUCCUUAUAUAGAUUCAAUCACAGGAGUAACUGUGAAUGGAGGAAUCCCCCAGAAGAUUUCCUUACAAGACCAUCUGGACAAAGCUAAGCAAGACAUUACAUUUUAUAUGCCAGUAGACAAUUUGGGAAUGGCUGUUAUUGACUGGGAAGAAUGGAGACCCACUUGGGCAAGAAACUGGAAACCUAAAGAUGUUUACAAGAAUAGGUCUAUUGAAUUGGUUCAGCAACAGAAUGUACAACUUAAUCUCACAGAGGCCACUGAGAAAGCAAAACAAGAAUUUGAAAAGGCAGGGAAGGAUUUCAUGGUAGAGACUAUAAAAUUGGGAAAAUUACUUCGGCCAAAUCACUUGUGGGGUUAUUAUCUUUUUCCGGAUUGUUACAACCAUCACUAUAAGAAACCCGGUUACAAUGGAAGUUGCUUCAAUGUAGAAAUAAAAAGAAAUGAUGAUCUCAGCUGGUUGUGGAAUGAAAGCACUGCCCUUUACCCAUCCAUUUAUUUGAACACUCAGCAGUCUCCUGUAGCUGCUACACUCUAUGUGCGCAAUCGAGUUCGGGAAGCCAUCAGAGUUUCCAAAAUACCUGAUGCAAAAAGUCCACUUCCGGUUUUUGUAUAUGCCCGCAUAGUUUUUACUGAUCAAGUUUUGAAAUUCCUUUCUCGAGAUGAACUUGUGUAUACACUUGGUGAAACUGUUGCUCUGGGUGCUUCUGGAAUUGUAAUAUGGGGAAGCCUCAGUAUAAUGCGAAGUAUGAAAUCUUGCUUGCUCCUAGACAAUUACAUGGAGACUAUACUGAAUCCUUACAUAAUCAAUGUCACACUAGCAGCCAAAAUGUGUAGCCAAGUGCUUUGCCAGGAGCAAGGAGUGUGUAUAAGGAAAGACUGGAAUUCAAGUGACUAUCUUCACCUCAACCCAGAUAAUUUUGCUAUUCAACUUGAGAAAGGUGGAAAGUUCACAGUACGUGGAAAACCGACACCUGAAGACCUGGAGCAAUUUUCUGAAAAAUUUUAUUGCAGCUGUUAUAGCACCUUGAGUUGCAAGGAGAAAGCUGAUGUAAAAGACACUGAUGCCGUUGAUGUGUGUAUUGCUGAUGGUGUCUGUAUAGAUGCCUUUCUAAAACCUCCCAAGGAGACAGAAGAAUCUCAAAUUUUCUACAAUGCCUCACCCUCCACACUAUCUGCCACAAUGUUCAUUGUUAGUAUUUUGUUUCCUAUCAUUUCUUCUGUAGUGAGUUUAUAAUUGCACAGGUUAGCUGAAAUGAACAAUAUGUCCAUCUUAAAGUGUGCUUUUUCAACUAAUUAAAUCUUUGAAAAGAA